UGGGAAGCCCAUUAACGAUGAUGCGGCCCUGCUGCAUCUCUAUAAAACAAUAUCAAAGAGGAAAGACGAUGUAGAGAGAGAAUUAGGGUUUCCAGACCAUGAGUCUCCAUCUUUGCAACAACGUUGUUCCUUUGGAUCUACAGAUGGAGAUUCUUAGCCGGUUGCCUUCAAAAUCCCUAGCUAGGUUUAUGACCGUAUCUAAAUCAUGGCAAGAAAUCAUCAGCAGCAAGAGAUUCAUCAGAUCGCGAUCCUUGACUCAUCCUUUGCGUUUCCUCCUCGCUUUAUACGAUACAGAUUACGAAACUGGACGCAAAAACUGCAGCUUCUUCUCUUCUUCCUCGCUAUUGUCGUCGUCAUCAACAUCGAUACCAACUACUUUUCUAUCCAAAGUAACUUUGCCUCUACAUGAAACCUAUUACCCUACUUAUUACGUUAAUGGUUUGCUGAACAUAGGAGAGAUCAUAUGUAACCCUUGCACCGGAAAGACCGUAUAUUUACCAGAGAAUAUUGUCUACAGAAGAACAGGCACAGCCGAGCGCUUUUUCGGAUAUGAUCCUGUCAAUAACCAGUACAAAGUAUUGUGCCUCACCCCGUAUACCGAAGGAGACACAAAAACGAAUUACUUUCAGGUAUUCACAUUGGGAGCUAAGCCUAAAAAAUGGAGAUUUAUCGAUUGUGACAUUCCUCACAUAACUUGGUCUAACGGUCUGUGCAUUGAUGGGUCUUUGUACUACAUUGCCAGCCAGGACAAAGGAAUGUGUCUGAUGAGAUUCGAUUUGAACUCUGAGAAGUUUGAUGUAUUUGCUAGACUAUCUAAGAAAAUGGAUACUUUGUUUUUUCUUGACGAAGGUUCAAAAACAUUGAUAAAUUACCAUGGCAAAGUAGCCAUGGCCAUUCGACCUUCUUACUCAGCGCCUUCAGUUGAUUUGUUCGUUUUCCAAGCAGGAAAACAGGAUUACAAAGCGAAGUCUUUUGAUAAUAUUCCCCAGCUUCAUUUACCUAUAAAAGGUGUUAUUAAUCAUAUGGGUGACAUUGUUUUUGCACCUAUCCAUUCCAGAAGUGAGGUUAAUGUUAUCCACCACGAUCUCAAGGGAGCUAGUUUUGAGAAGAUGAAGUUUGACGUUGACGCAAAGAGUGAAUGGGAAUUUAGGUCAAAUUAUUUCAUGGGUUACGUAGAGAGUCAUAUGCUGCUGUAAUUAAGCUAGAGAGAGUUGUUAUUAUUUCCUUCGUUUGCCAUUACAGUUCAUGUCUCUUGUCUAAACAUGUUAUUCUCUUUUGUAUGCAUACAAAUCUCUCCUAUAUAUUCAGUUAAACUCAAUAUGUUGUUGCUUAUAACUUUUGCCUUGCACAAUGCACAAGAGAGUAAAAAACAUGGUCUCCAAUGGCUUGUCCAGGGGGAAAAUGGGCAUUUAAUUCUCGAAGUAUUUGAAAUCGGCAGUUUUAAUACUCAAGUAUUGCUUGCGCAUAUUUAUUCCUCAACUAAUAGUUGACUGCGCAAAAUUGGGAUCAAAAUAGUCAACGGUUAACUGAUGAAUGGAAAAUAACGGUUUCUGUCAACUUUUUAACGGUAGAAUAUUCUAAUCAUGAUUUUGCGCAGUCAAUGAUUAAUUGGGGAAUAAAUAUGCGCAUAUAAUACUUGAGUAUUUAAUUUGCCGAUUGAAAAUACUUGAGGAAUUAAAAACACAUUUUUUUCUUUAUAUUUCUUAUAAGAUUGAAAGUCACUAACAUCAAUCACUUUAAAAAAAAACAUAAGUAAAAAUAU